AUGGCAUGCGCUGCCGCGCGGUCCCAGGCCAACCAGGACAGGCUUAUUUGUAUCUACCCCGCUUAUUUAAAUAAGAAGACCAUAGCCGAGGGGAGGCGGAUCCCCGUAAGUAAGGCUGUAGAAAACCCUACGGCUACUGAGAUUCAAGAUGUAUGUUCAGCAGUUGGACUGAAUGAGUUUCUGGAGAAAAACAAAAUGUACUCCAGAGAAUGGAAUCGUGAUGUUCAGUAUAGAGGCAGAGUCCGGGUACAGCUCAAACAGGAAGAUGGCAGCCUCUGUCUUGUACAGUUCCCAUCACAUAAGUCGGUGAUGCUGUACAGCGUAGCAGAAAUGAUACCCAAGCUAAAAACAAGGACUCAGAAGUCAGGAGGUGCUGACCCAAGUCUUCAGCAGGGAGAGGGGAGUAAGAAAGGGAAAGGAAAGAAGAAGAAAUGACGUGGCGUGAACGUAGAGCGCGCCGUCCUGCUGGGAGAG